CACGCCUUCUGACCCGGAGCCGGAAGUGCAGGUGGCGGGUUAGGGGCUGUAAUGGCGGCUGGUGCCCGGCUGGAGAAUGCCAACCCGCUGAUUUACGGGCGGAGCUCGGAGCGGCCGCUCACUGCCCGGGAGCAGGAGGAGGAGGCGGUGGACGCCAUCGACAACCGAGAGAUCUUCGAUUUGAUCAGAUCGAUUAACGACCCUGAGCAUCCACUGAGUCUGGAGGAGUUAAAUGUUGUAGAACAGCUUCGAGUUAACGUGACUGAUCAUGAGAACAGUGUGUCGGUGGCCUUCACUCCCACAAUCCCGCACUGCAGUAUGGCUACGCUGAUUGGCUUAUCGAUUAAAGUCAAGUUGUUGCGCUCGCUGCCUACACGCUUCAAGGUGGAUGUCCAUAUCACUCCAGGAACCCAUGCUUCUGAAAAUGCAGUGAACAAGCAGCUGGCUGAUAAGGAACGAGUGGCAGCAGCUCUAGAGAACUCUCACCUACUGGAGGUUGUUAACCAAUGCCUGGCAGAGAGAUUAUGACCAGAUCACGUAAUGGAACAACAAUUGCAAUUUCUGUGUGUCUCUGAGGAUCUCUGCUGGCUUGGGUGGGUCACCAGGGUGUCUGUGAGAUCCGUGAACAUGAUACAGCCCUGAAACAGGGCUUCCUGCGUGUAACGUCUAUUAAGUCAAUCCACAAACUGUGCCGAUGUGUAGAUAGAGAAUCAUUCAUUAAAAAAUACACAAAUCUAUGAUCUCUCACUCCUCCCUUAACCUGGAGUGUUUCUCUUUUUUUUCCAUCUGCAAGUCAGUUAACGGGAGCAAGUGGGGACAAGUCUUGCUGAUGAAGGAGUGGGAGGAGGAGGAGGAGGCUGUCUCUGCAAACCCUGGGGUAGGGGAGCGAGGGAGGGGAAGGGGGUGUAAAAGGUCCUAAUGACUUGGCCUCUGCUUAGCACUUUUGUGCAGUAAAAUAACCACGAUCAGUAAGUAACGGUAUAGGUCGGGGGCAGUGGGGAUGGAGUGUUGGGAGUGCUUUAAGUACAAACCCGCUUCCCAAAGUGCCUUGGCAUGUGUAUCAACCCGCAAACUCAUGCACACCCAGUUCUACUUACUGACCCACAUGUUCUCUUACACACACACGCACACAUAUACACUUACACUCACUCAGACCCUGCACCCACUGCAAUUGUCUGUGUGAGAUACUUUGUGACGAGUGAUUUUGUAAAAGCUUGCCUGUAGGUAAACUUCUAACAAAACCCACCAUACAAACCACCACCCGCUUGUGUUUUGCUGCUGCUAUUUCAACCCAGUUGUUCAUUACUGGGAUGUAACAUUCCACUCCCGCCUCAUGUAAUUUUAAUUUAAGAAGUCAUUCACAGUAAGCUCAGCAUAGCAAAAGUUAAGCAAAUUGAGUCCGCUCAGCCUUUUUAAAGCACAUAUGAUGAGCUGGGUUUUUGGAUGGAGUGAGAAUUUUUCAUUUUUUUUAAAUCGUGCUCUAGCAGUUUUCCUGUUAAGUUGGGCGCUGUGCAAAAUGGUCUGUUCCCACUAGGUGGUGCCAUUUGGGAACUGUAGCCAGUGUUGCAGCUGUGAUUUGAGAUGUCAAAUAUGUAAAACUGUGCGUUACUCACUCCUGCUAAUGAAUGUGUGAAACCAGACUCAAUAAAAACUUGGAUGAGCUGA